ACCCAAAAUGAGAGAAAUUGUCCAUCUGCAGGCCGGCCAGUGUGGCAAUCAGAUCGGCGCUAAGUUCUGGGAAAUCAUUUCGGAGGAGCAUGGCAUCGACAGCAAUGGCAUCUAUGUGGGCGACAGCGAUCUGCAGCUGGAGCGCGUCAGUGUCUACUACAACGAGGCAUCUGCAGUUACAAGAUCUUCGGGUGGCAAGUAUGUGCCCAGGGCCAUCCUCCUUGACCUGGAGCCGGGCACCAUGGAGUCGGUGCGUUCUGGGCCCUAUGGUCAGCUCUUCCGUCCGGAUAACUUUGUGUUUGGCCAGUCGGGAGCCGGCAAUAACUGGGCCAAGGGUCACUAUACCGAAGGCGCUGAGCUGGUGGACAAUGUCCUGGAUGUGGUGCGCAAGGAGUGCGAGAACUGUGACUGCCUGCAGGGCUUCCAACUGACGCACUCGCUGGGCGGCGGAACUGGCUCUGGCAUGGGCACAUUGCUGAUCUCCAAGAUCCGUGAGGAGUAUCCGGACCGUAUUAUGAACACGUAUUCGGUGGUGCCCUCGCCCAAGGUAUCGGACACGGUGGUGGAGCCCUACAAUGCCACCCUGUCGAUCCACCAGCUGGUGGAGAACACAGACGAGACGUACUGCAUCGAUAACGAGGCGUUGUAUGACAUCUGCUUCAGGACCCUCAAGGUGUCCAAUCCCAGCUAUGGGGAUCUGAACCAUCUCGUCUCGCUGACCAUGUCCGGGGUGACCACCUGUCUGCGCUUCCCUGGCCAGCUGAAUGCCGAUCUCCGCAAGCUGGCGGUCAACAUGGUUCCAUUCCCGCGUCUGCACUUCUUUAUGCCUGGAUUCGCACCCCUCACCUCGCGUGGAUCCCAGCAAUAUCGGGCUCUCACCGUUCCGGAACUGACCCAACAGAUGUUCGAUGCCAAGAACAUGAUGGCGGCGUGUGAUCCGCGUCAUGGACGUUACCUAACGGUGGCCGCCGUCUUCCGUGGACGCAUGUCCAUGAAGGAGGUCGAUGAGCAGAUGCUGGCGGUGCAGAACAAGAACAGCUCGUACUUCGUCGAAUGGAUACCGAACAAUGUAAAGACGGCCGUGUGUGACAUCCCGCCAAAGGGCUUGAAGAUGUCAUCGACUUUCAUUGGGAACACCACCGCCAUCCAGGAGCUGUUCAAGCGCAUCUCCGAACAAUUCUCGGCCAUGUUCCGGCGCAAGGCCUUCUUGCAUUGGUACACCGGCGAGGGCAUGGACGAGAUGGAGUUCACCGAGGCGGAGAGCAACAUGAAUGACCUGGUGUCCGAGUACCAGCAGUAUCAGGAGGCCACCGCCGACGACGAGUUCGAUCCGGAUGUCAAUCAGGAGGAGGUCGAGGGCGAUUGUAUUUAAUGGUGUGGCCAGAGGAAUGAGGAGCGUGCGUGAGGGACCAGGAUCGGGGCUCAGAGGUGAGC